UAUAGACUACCCUUGGCACGAUUGCCAUAAAGCUUGGGCUUACUGGGUUAUUCUGCAUUACAGUCUAUUUUCGUAGUAGAGGCAUAUUGGUCGCAAUGUACGCCAGUAUCGUUUUCGCGCCGUUAGGCCUACUCCUGUGCACAGUGGUCCAUGCUACUGUCAAUGUAAACGUAGGCAUGCUACACCUGUCGAGUUUUGAGAAGGAGCCCUUGGUAAGCAAGUACUACCUUUUGCCGGCGGCUCAGAUCGCCUUCGAAACCGUCGCAAAACGUCUGGAAAGGGGUGUGUACAAGAACUUCAGCAUGACGCACGUAAGCACUAAUGAAUGUUGUACACGCCCAGUGCGAUCUACUGGGGCCCUGGCAUCUUCGAUGUACCACGAUGACGGCGUGGAUGCCUUCCUGGGGCCGGCUGUUAGCCCCGAUAUGGCUGCUGUAGCUGACAUGGCCGCCUACUGGAAUCUUCCGGUCUUGGCCGGGGCAGCCACUUCCACGCUCCUGGAUAACAAGACGCGGUUCCCGACCCUGACUCGCACGGGUCCGUGCGUGGAGCUCAUGGUGCAGUUCAUGACUGCCGUGCUUCGUCAUCUCGGUUUGACCAGCUGUGCCAUACUCCGCGGACUGCCGAUAGAUAUUGUGUACUACCGCUACGUUCUCCCAGACGCCGUGUUCGCAGGCCUGGAGAGAAAUGGAAUAACCGUGGUCGAGGUGUACGCUGAUCAAUUUGACACUUUGGAUAAAGCUCUGGAGAAAGUUGCUUCCGUCUCUAAGGUUAUCUUCAUUAGUACCUCCCCGGUACGUGACAUAAUGGUCCGAGCUCAUCAUCUGGGUCUCACUCGGGGCUCGCAUGUGUUUCUAAACUGGAUCCCGUUCGAGUACUCGCCAUGGCAGACGAGCAGCCAGUUCGAAAACAACGAUGCGGAGACAGUUGAAGCACUGAAGGCGUUGUUGAUGAUGCGGUACCAUGUUCCUGAUAUUCCCGUGUACCAUGCGUUCCAGAGUGAGUUGAAAGAUCGCCAACUGAGCUUAUACGGACGUGAAGGCAGUGGGGAAAAUCUGUAUGCUGCUGCGACCCACGAUGCUGUUCUGAUUUACGCCGAUGUGAUCAAUGAAAUCGUGGCCGAGGGUGGCGACGUAAGGGAUGGACGAGCAGUGACAAAGAAAAUGUGGGACAGAACAUUCCAAGGUGUAACUGGGCAAAUUCGUAUCGGCGCUAAUGGGGAUCGCCUUGAAGUGUGUGAACUACUGGAUAUGACAGACACCAACAAGGGAACAUUCGAUGUUAUUGGUACCUUCGACGAGGCUACUGGAGCCAUCAAAGUUCAUGAGCCGAUCAAAUGGCCUGGAGGAAAGGCACCAACGGGCUACUAACUGACCAAACACCAACGACUUGGGCCUCUUGAAAUAUUCAUGUAAUUGUACAUAAUUAGUGAUCACGUGAAGUUGCGAUCAAGCGGUUGUCUCCAAGACUCCCGGCGUCACUGAUUUGCAUACAAUAAAUGCACAGCAUUUUGAAAACCUGGCAGCCAUAAUUAGAACUUAGUUUAGAGCCAUUCAUAAUUUUGGGCCACUGUCACCAUUUUGUGCACGAUAGGCCCAGUUGGAAGGACAAAAGCUUUUAAACAACCGUUGAGAUACAAAACAUUACUACGUAUACUUAGCUGUUCUUGUAUUCAACUUUAAUUUCCUGCAUUUUGGUGAAGGUUAUGGGUUUUUCCUUAGGCGGUUUCGCUUAGAAUGUUUUAUACUCUUAUGGGUCUACCGAGAACAGCAAUAAAUUAAUCAUUACUUCUGGAUAUUUUAAGUAAUUCUGGUCUCAGUUUGAUAAUACAGUCUGCUAAAAAUACUUAUAGGCGGAACAAAGGUAACAUUUCAGCAGAUCACACGCACGCUUAAGUUUCCAGCCGUUUACCUUCGAGAACAGACCUUAGCGUAUAGCCACCAGCUUGGAGGGCAUCUUUUGUUGCUAUAAUUCAGUAACAAUUAAUGCACAGAAGUUUCACUGAUGCAUAUCUUAGCAAAACAACGGCAUUACCCACUAAGAUGGCUGUUACGCGUAAGGUCUAUGAUCACCGAGCGUGGCAGCCAAAUUAGUACAGACAACUUUUCGGCUGGUUACCGGUGCCAGAUCUCAGUCUCCAUCAUACCCCAAACUUUGACAUUUUUUCACCGCCGAGAGGCUAUUGUAUACAGGUAUUUAGUUUGAAGUACGAAGUUUGAUUAAGACGGUAUACAGUUUUGGGAUAUAUCAGAUCUGUUGUAUAUAGCCUUAAAUAGGUGGAGGUUUACUGACGUUUCAUGUUACAUUGGUGAUUGUUCAAACGUGUACAUUUAGCGGUAUACAAUUAAUUAACAAGCGAGAUGCAUUAAAUUCUCCAAUCAGGCGCGGAUCUAGGGGGGGGGGUGUUAGGGGGUCAAAAUCCCCCCCAGCUCUAACUUAUUUAUUUAUUUUUUGGCAUAGAAAUACCUUUAAAAUAAUGUGAAACCCCCCCCCCCCUCUUCCCCUGCUCUGACACUCAAAAAAAUAUGACAGUUAUACUUGAAAAAAUUUCCGCCUGUGCACAAAAUUCAAUCAGAUCCAGCGGAGGUAUUUGUACACUGUUAUGUUAUAAAGUGUUGAUGAUCGUCGUAUUUGAACAGCGCCCCCAUUGAAAGCAGGGUAGAGCCCCCCACCCCAACCUCCACCCCCUAUUGAUUUUACGGAAGCCAAGUGUCCGGAGA